AUGGCAGCGGGGGAGACGCAGCUCUAUGCCAAAGUUUCCAACAAGCUCAAGGGUCGAAGCACCUCCUCGCUCCUGGAACCUCUCUUGGCGAUGGGCUUCCCAGCCCAUACCGCGCUCAAAGCGCUGGCAGCUACUGGCAGAAAGACAGCAGAAGAGGCCUCAGAUUGGCUUCAUUAUCACUGCAAUGAUCCUUCUCUAGAUGACCCUAUCCCUCAGGAGUAUGCCCUCUUCCUCUGUCCCACGGGGUCCCUGCUGGAAAAGCUACAGGAGUUCUGGAAUGAGAGCAAACGUCAGUGUACCAAGAACAGAGCUCAUGAGAUCUUUCCUCACAUAACACUUUGUGACUUCUUCACGUGUGAAGACCAUAAAGUAGAAUGUUUGUAUGAGGCUCUGAAGAGAGCUGGGGACCAGAUCCUGGGCUCCUUCCCCACUGUGGUUCCUCUGGUUCUCCACUCUUCCAUCAGCUACCUCGGCUUCUUCAUCAAUGACAGCCCAGCAGACAUCAUCCGGGAAUUUGCCAUGAUGUUUGCCACAGAAGCAUCCACCUUAGCAGACUGCACCGUGAAAUCCUGCACCAAGCAGCUCCACCUGACAUUGGCCCACAAGUUCCACCCCCACCAUCAGAGGACACUGGAGCAGCUGGCCAGAGCCAUUCCUGCAAGCCCGGGCUGCCAAUGGACGGCUGCUCUAUACUCCCGGGACAUGCGCUUCGUACACUACCAUACCUUGAAAGUCCUAUUCCAGUAUAAACCACAGAAUGUGGAUGAGCUGAUGCUGACUCCUGGAGACUACAUCUUUGUGGACCCCACUCAGCAGGAGGAAGCCAGUGAAGGCUGGGUGAUCGGGAUCUCACAGCGGACGGGCUGCCGGGGCUUCCUACCUGAGAACUACACAGAGCAAAGCAAUGAGUCUGACACCUGGGUGAAGCACAGGUGA